AGAAUGAAAAGAGGAACCAUUCUCAGCUGAAGAAAGUUUGAUGAAAAGUGACAGACAGAGUUGGACACUCCCAGGCUUCAUGUGAGUCCAACUGAUGGAAAGUUUUUGGGUAAUGGAAAAAGGUGUUCGAAUUUGCUCUAGGAAUCUAAAGAUGAAAAGAGCUGAGUCCUGCUGCUCUUGAGACCAGGUUUCUGGACGGCACCUCCCUUUUCUUGAGGUUUCUGCUGUGCUGUAAUUCUCUGCUCACCUCGGCUUCAUUUUGUGAUCCACCAAGGGUAAAGGAAGUGGAGAGGACUAAAAAUCCACCCCCCUCCCUCCAAUUCAGCUCCAGUGUACAGGGAUGGUGAUACAGUAAUCGGUCACCUUCAGAGACUGAAUUUGUUCAGUCUCACGUCGUCCAGUUGCAUCGGGACUUUGCCAGUAAUGUCCUUUGAGAUCUGGAAGAGAAAUGCCUGCAGGAGCCUUCCACCUCGGUUUUGAACCGCAGCCACCACGGGCGACCAGAAACUGCCUCUGCUUGUGCCUGUGAAUUGAUUAACCACACCAAACCACGGAACAGCAACUGUGCAGAAAUGCUGGAAUGCUUUGAGAGUUCUCCGGUGGCUGUGGCUGUAGGCGUUUCCCUCCUAGUCCUCUUGCUGCUCUGUGGGAUUGGAUGUGCUUGGCACUGGAAUCGCAGGGAAAGCACACCGUUUACCCUACCGAAGUUUAUGCAAAGGAGAAGCAGCAGGCAGAAAGACGUCACAAAAACCGUCAGCUCGAGUGCCUACGUGAUUAGCCCAAGCAUGAAAGCCUCGGUGGAAAGCAAAGGCCACAAGUCUACUGCCAAGAGAAACAAGAUGCAUGGCAACUAUGAAAAUGUGGAAGUGUGCCCUCCCUGCACUGAAGGGACAACUGAGAAGGCCCUGUAUGAAAACACGCAGCCGUCUAAUCUCGAGGAACACGUCUACGGGAAUCAAACGGACCCCCUCUAUUAUAACUUCCAGAAACCUAGCCCUCCUCCGCCUCAAGAUGACGAUAUAUACAUCCUUCCAGAUUGCGACUAGCUUUUCAACAAACUGAGACUCGUUGCUGGAGGAAAACCCAUCACCAGGCCUCCGAGUGGACUGAUGUCGUCAUGAUCAAAUUAUUCUGAUGAAAUCAGUGGUCUCUUUCCUAUUGCCACCCUUAUAUAUCCAAGAGGAUUUAUAGACAAGUUCUUGAACACCCCCCCACCCCCGUGUGCCCUGCCUUCAAUUAAAUCUGUAUUGUUUUAUAUUCAUUUUUCUUUUGAAAUAUUUCCUGUAACUUCCUUCGUUUUUUCCUCGACCAUCUUUUGAGGCUCAGCACUAUUGCAGUCUCCUAGCAGGUCGUCCUGUGCUGAGGGGCUAACCCAAGACCGUUCACAUGCCAGGUAAGUGGUAAACUCCUGAGCCACAUCUCUAGUCUGGUCUUCUGAGUUCCAUCCAAUCAAAAGCCUAUGACGCAGCAGGUUGAUCUUCGGAAAACAUUCUAGGUGGUCACUUCAUUAAUCUGCUAAAAUAAAAAGCAAAAAAACCAAACAAAACAAAACAAAAAAACAAACAAAAAACUGUAUGUUGUUUGCAAAAGAUGUGAAGCUCAAAACCCUAACUCCAGAAUUCAUGACUUUUUCAGUCACAACUUCCUUUGUCAGUUAUUUCCCCUCACCCCUCACUUUCUUGCUUGCUUCUGUGUCAUCACAAAGCUACCAAGUCCCUGUCUCUGCUCCUCCACGGUGUGACUUGGCUGCCUCUCAAGCCUGCCUCAGGUCAUUUCUUCCAGCCUCCCUCAUUUCAAACCUACACUUCCUUUUAUAGACCUUGCUGCCUGUUUUGUUUUUGUUUUUGUUUUUGAGCAUUUGAAGAUAUGAAGGUUUGCUGUGCAUUUUACUACUAAUGUAAUACGAGGAUUCUUCAUUUGCAGUUAAACAGCAAUGAAGUGGUGCCUAGUAAUACUUUUAGAUCCAAAGACAUCGUAUGUGGAACUAAAAGUCUGGUUAAUUGAAAAAGACAUGAAUCUUGCAGUUUGUCAAGUAGAUUUUUUUCUUUUAAAAAAAAAACUAAUAAAUUUACUAUUUCUAAAUCUA